UAAUUGGAUAGAGAGCUGGUCAGUGUGAACGAUGGCUGGAUGCUGUGUGUCGGCGGAGGACAAAGAGAACCAGAGGAUCAACGAGGAGAUCGAGAAGCAGCUGCGGAGAGACAAGAAGGACUCUCGCAGGGAGCUGAAGCUGCUGCUGUUAGGUACUGGAGAGAGUGGAAAGAGUACCUUUAUCAAACAAAUGAGGAUUAUCCAUGGAGGAGGAUACACAGAUGAGGACAAGAAGAGCUACGCCAAACUGGUCUACCAGAACAUCUACACCUCCAUGCAGUCCAUGACCCGAGCCAUGGAGGCGCUUAGUAUUUCUUUUGCUGAUCCCCAGAACCAGAGCCAUGCCAACUCAGUUCUGGAGGUGGAGGUGGAUAAGGUGGAGGAGUUCGAUCAAAGCCUUGCGGUGGCCAUCCGGAGUCUGUGGGACGAUGCAGGGAUCCAGGAGUGCUACGACAGACGCAGAGAAUACCAGCUGUCCGACUCCACCAAAUACUAUCUCACCGACCUGGAUCGAAUUUCUGAACCCUCUUAUAUACCUGACCUGCAGGACAUCCUCAGAGUCCGAGUGCCGACCACAGGAAUCAUCGAAUACCCCUUUGACAUGGAGAAUGUCAUCUUCAGGAUGGUGGAUGUGGGGGGCCAGAGGUCAGAGAGGAGGAAAUGGAUCCACUGCUUCGAGAACGUCACCUCCAUCAUCUUCCUGGUGGCGCUCAGCGAGUACGACCAGGUGCUGGCUGAGUGCGACAACGAGAACCGUAUGGAGGAGAGCAAGGCUCUGUUCAAAACCAUCAUAACUUAUCCGUGGUUCCAGCGUUCCUCUGUCAUACUGUUCCUCAACAAGACCGACAUCCUCAAGGAGAAGAUCCUGCACUCUCAUGUAGCCACCUACUUCCCUGAAUUCACAGGACCUCAGCAGGAUCCGACAGCUGCUCAAGAGUUCAUCCUGAAAAUGUACCAAGAACAAAACCCGGACAAAGACAAGACGAUGUACCCUCACUUCACCUGCGCCACAGACACCGAAAACAUCCGCUUCGUCUUCGUUGCCGUCAAAGACACCAUCCUCAGACACAACCUGAAGGAGUUCAAUCUGGUGUGAGGAGGAGCAGGAGGACAGACAUGAGGAGAGCCAAGAUAGGAGAAUUACUUAAAACAAAACUUUACCUGGCUCGUUUCUUGGCUGUUUAAACAGAGAACAAUUAUAUUCACUAAAAAGAUAUAUGGUUUUCUUUAAUACAAAGGUUUAAACAUUUUUCAUUUUUUGUGCCUGUAAAAAUCCAGCAAAAGAGAAUGCAAACAUGUAACGGUCAUACCCAAGCUACCGUUUUUCUUAUUGUGUUUUGUGUACUGUAGUUCCCAUUCCGGCCUUUUAGAAAAUGUGCUGUAAGAAAAUGACACUUUGCAGUAGAAGUAAGAAUGUGGAAUUUAUUGUGAAGUAAUAUUGUUGACAUAUUGUGUGGGCUACUUAUUUUAUUACUAUUAAAAAAAGUUAGCAGAAAUAGGAUCCAAGUAUACAAUUUCUGUGCAAUAGCAGUAAAGUCCCUUUAGUCCUGAGUUUUGUGAUUGAAUAUUGUGUAGAUUUCUUUUUCUAACAGCUUUUGCCUGCAAGUGCCUUAUUUACUCAGGACAGUCAGCACAGCCACCGUGUGUUUAGAUGUAAAUAAUCCAAGUUGUGCUCUGGA